AGUUCUCGACUGAUCGAUCUCUCGAAAUCUAUUCAAGCAAUCGACUUGUUUGAAAUGGCAGAUUACAGUGAAAAAUGUGUGGAAGAUUGUUCAUUUGAUUACAAUGAUGAUAAACAAAAAGGUGUCUGCUUAAUCAAAGAAGAGUUUAUUAUAGAAGAUCAUGUAAGACUUCUAAGUGAAAAAUGUUUGACUGAGACUGACAAGCAGAAAGUAUCAAAUAAUACAACUAAUUUAAGUGAGGAUGUUUCUAUAUCGGAUGAGCCUCCAACCAAAAAGCUUAAAAAUGAUGAUAAAAAGGAAAAGCUCAGGGGGCAAAACAAAGCAAGGCCACCACCAUUUAAGACACAGCGUGAACUGAAUUUAUGUCCUUGGGUAGCUGACCAAGCAGUAGAUGAACCUGAAAAGAAAUGUGAUAAUAAUCAGUGCAUAUUUUUGCACAACAGAGUUGAAUAUUUAAAGAUUAAGCCAGAUGAUAUCACUGAUGAAUGCUAUAUCUUUGAGCUUACCGGCAGGUGUCCACGUGGUGCUGCCUGUAGGAUGGGUUCCAAACACUUGACAAAAGAAGGUUUGAAUAUUAUUAACAAGGAAAAAAUGAACGAAUUUAGAAAAAGGCCUCCUUCUACAAAAAAUCAUUUAGCUAAAGAUAUUCAGACACAAUUAAGAAAACACAAAUAUAAUUUUUCUAAAUCUGAAAAUAUUGUUAAGGCAAAUGGACCAUCUAGAAAAAAUGUAGGAACAAAAAAUGUUAAACAAGAGCCAGAGAUAGAAAAAAUUAAACAAAUUGAUGAAUCCUUGGACAGAGAUAAAUCGGAGGUAAAAGAUAGUCCAAUAUUAGAUACUUCUAUUAAUGAGUCUAAGAAUAAAGCUUCUGAGACUCAAAAUACAGAGAAGAAACUUGGCCCCAUUGAAGAUUAUGAUUUAAUAAAAUGUAGGGAUCCAGAAAAGAAAAAAAUUAAUUGGAAAAAUAAGAUAUUGUUAAGCCCAUUGACAACAGUAGGCAACUUGCCAUUUAGAAGAAUAUGCAAAGAAUAUGGAGCAGACAUAACUUGUGGAGAGAUGGCUCUGGCACCAAGGAUAUUGAAAGGGGCACAUGAAGAAUGGGCUCUGGUAAAAAGACAUGAAUCUGAAGACAUUUUUGGUGUGCAGCUUUGUGGAAACAACCCAGGAGUAUUAACAAGAUGUGCACAGUUGCUGAAUGAAGAAAUUGAUAUUGAUUUCAUUGAUUUAAAUCUUGGUUGUCCUAUAGAUCUAAUUUAUAGACAGGGAGGAGGUAGUGGUAUGCUGAAUCGAUUAAAUGUUCUAGAAACUGUUGUGAAAUCUGUUAGCCAGGUUAUGAAUAUACCUUUAACUGUAAAAACUAGAACAGGGGUUUACAUAGAUAAACCUAUUGCACAUACGUUGAUGCCAAAAUUUCGUGAUUGGGGUGUGUCCAUGAUUACUGUUCAUGGAAGAUCACGUGAACAAAGGUAUACAAAGUUAGCUGAUUGGGAUUAUAUAGAAAAAUGCGCGGAACUAGCUGAUCCUAUCCCAGUAUUUGGAAAUGGAGACAUUUUAUCAUAUGAUGAUUAUCAAAGAGUUCGAGAUGCAUACACUUCUAUAUAUGGCAUCACCAUAGGACGUGGAGCAUUGAUAAAGCCAUGGAUAUUCACUGAAAUAAAAGAAAAGAAGUUGAUUGAUAUAUCAAGUUCAGAAAGAUUUGAAAUUUUGAGAAAAUAUUCUAAAUAUGGCCUUGAACAUUGGGGUUCGGACACUCGUGGCGUCGAGACAACGAGGAGGUUUAUGUUGGAGUGGAUAUCUUUCUUGCAUAGGUAUAUUCCUGUUGGAAUAUUAGAGAAACCACCACAAAGGAUUAAUGAAAGACCUCCAUUUUAUAGAGGCCGUGAUGAUAUGGAAACGCUAAUGGCCAGUUCAAAUUGUGCAGACUGGAUUAAAUUAUCAGAAAUGUUACUAGGAAAAGUGCCUGAAGGAUUUCAUUUUUUGCCAAAACACAAGGCGAACUCGUGGAAAUAAUAUAUAUGUCACGUAAACAAAAUAGUUUUAUAUCACAUUUUUUCUUCCUAUUUUUAAUAUAUAUUUUAAUAUACAUAGAAUAAA